AUGACCGGAGCAGUGCCGCAAUCUCUCAGAGGCAUGCCUGGAAACUUCGGCGGCCAGCAACAACCUCAACAACCAGGACGAUCGGUAUCGAGUCGGCUACCGAAUGGAAAACUAGGUAUGAGUUCGAACCAGCGACGUGCUGGGCUCCUCGAUCACACGCUCAGGAAGACUGACUGUAUUCACUUCGAAAAACAGCAAACAAUGGAUCAGGUUGGGCGUUUGGCGGAAAUGUACCGAUGGGAGGAGCUGGAUUCCAAAAUCAAGCUCGACAGAUGGGGGGAAAUCGAAUUCCCAUCGCUGUCAAACAACUCACAGCUUAACAAUGCCAAUGCUUCGUCGAUGUGGUCGUCUGGGAGCUCCCGAAACCUGAGUGGCCCGGUUCAACGAAAUCAGUCCACUCCGGUUUCAUCUCAGCAAGGCGGACAAGAAGAUUUGUUUUCUUCAGGCUCAUCACGUUUGCCUUCGCACCAGUCCUCGUUUCGAUUCGGGAACCAAGGAAGUAUGCCUUCAGCCUCCCAAGGACAACCUAGUACCGUUGACGACUUUCCUCCACUGAAUAGAGCAGGAAAUGGGGAUAUUGGGUCAGAUCGAAGUGCGAACCUCAUUCCCUCACCAUUUGGAUCACAACAACCAGCGUCAGGGUCGCAGAGGGGCAAUGGUCUGCUGAAUGCAUUGUCCGCGAACAGUAGGGCAAACGAAGCUCGGUCACCCCCUGGGGUUGUAUUAAACCGGGGGCAAGAGAUCAAACGACCUGGCGCCGAUGAGGAUAGCAGGCAAAAACCUAUAUCGCGAGACGAUGGGCUAGGCAAAUCCACUGUGGAUGACACGAGUCUAAAUCCCUUGGGCGCAAUUGGAAACGAAGACUCGAUGGCAAAGCUGAGAGAUGUGAAGGACAGCCAAGCCCCCGACGGCGUCGACCCCCUUAAUGGGAUGAGCGCAGUUGACAAAUGGGGAAUCAAGGGCUUGCGGACGUUGAUGAACAACUACCCAGACUACCAGGCCAUGGUUGUUGGCAUGGACCCUAUCACGGUUGGGCUGGACAUUAACUCGCAAGAGAUGAUCUCAACACAAGUAUACUCGCUAUUCGACGAUGUGGCUCCGCGACCGACAGUCAAUGGUAGCAAGUUCCGCCUUCCCGAGUGCUACAACGUAACCAACGUCCAGCCAAUCGAGAGCAAAAUACAAAACUUCAAUGAAGAAACGUUAUUUUGGAUCUUCUACAGCUGCCCUGCAGAUGCCAAGCAGCAAAUGGCGGCGGUAGAACUGCAUUCUCGAAAUUGGAGAUGGCACAAGAAACAUCAGAUUUGGCUCACUAAGGAUGAACACAUGACACCGCAGAUUUUGAGCCCCAAUCAUGAACGGGGUUACUACAUCGUGUGGGACACUGAGAGCUGGCGAAAAGAUAGGCGAGAGCUUACUCUGUUCUACGGCGAUUUGGAUACCACACUUAGCCAACCCCCAGCAAUAUCUUAA